CAUUUUUGUUAAAAGCCUGAAGUUCUUCUUUAAUCUGGAUUGUUUACAGCAUUAAUCCUUGAACGACGCUGGCCUUAGCCUGGUGGGUGGAGUGUAUUUAUGCGGAAUCCGGUCUCACACGUGUCCCGCCCUCUCCUGCUCGGAGAGAAUCAGUUAGCGUCGGCGUUUGUUGCUUCAGUCGCUGAAGGCACAGCGGAUCAGGCGCCAGCCGGAAAUGCAUAUGCCCCGGUUUUCUGGUAUCCCAGGUAAACAGUCGGUCUGGUCGUUCAUAGUGAUCCGUACUGGUGUAGGCAGCGCUGACACUCCGCGGAACUUAAGGAGGACGGAAGAGUCGCAGGGCUGACAGCUGAUCGUUUGUGACUGGGUGGUGGUGCCAUGAUGAAGAAUGUUCCAGGUUCUCUCCUUCUUCUCUUGGUGAUAAACGUCACUCUGGAUGCAGAGAAAAUAGGCCUCCGUCCUCCAGGCAAACCAGUUCUAACCAUGUGUCGAUCUCCUGAGAAAGAGACAUUCACCUGUUGGUGGGAGCCAGGCUCAGAUGGAGGGCUGCCCACGACAUAUGCCCUGUAUUACACCAAAGAGAACUCUGAUGCGGUGUUCGAGUGUCCUGACUACCACACAGCUGGAAAAAACUCCUGCUUCUUCAACAAGAACGACACAUCCCUCUGGGUGAACUACAACAUCACUGUGGUGGCCACCAACACACUGGGCAGAACGUUCUCUGACCCCAUGGAUAUAGACGUGGUCUAUAUCGUCAAACCUAAUCCUCCGGAGGAGCUGAAUGUGACUGUAAUGGAGGACAAGAGCUGGCCUUUUCUCCGGGCGUCAUGGGAAUCACCCGACAAGGCUGAUACUCGUUCUGGAUGGAUCACUUUAAUCUACGAGCUGCGUGUCAAACUGGAGGAUGACGGUGAAUGGGAGAUGCAUCUUGCCGGCCAACAGAAGGUGUUUAACAUUUUCAGCCUGAGGUCUGGUGGGACAUAUCAGGUCCAGGUCCGCUGUAAACCCGACCAUGGUUUCUGGAGUGAAUGGAGUUCUACUUCCUACAUCAAAGUUCCAGACUAUUUCCAUCGCGAGAAGUCGAUGUGGAUCCUUGUUACCGUCUUUGCUGCCUUCAUCUUCCUCAUCGCUGCAUGGCUGAUACACAUGAAUGGUCACAGUCUGAAGCAUUGCAUCCUGCCACCAGUUCCUGGUCCUAAAAUCAAAGGAUUUGAUAAGAAACUUCUUAAGUACGGGAACUCUGAGGAGAUUUUGACUGCGUUGGUGGUGCCUGGUUUCCCUCCGACCACGUCAUCCACUUGCGAUGACCUGCUGGUGGAGUAUUUGGAGGUGUACAUACCCGAAGAUCAGGAGAUGAUUCUGGAGGAGAGCAAGGCCGAACGCGACCUUCUCAAAUCUGAGGCAUUGAGGUCUGACAACGACUCAGGCCGAGGCAGCUGCGACAGCCACACUCUGCUAAUGGAGAAGUGCGCUCAGGUCAAAGAGACAGAUAUAGGAGAAAAUCCAGUGAUGAAGGAGAAACAGAGGCACCAGCAGGAGUGGAAUGAAAGUCCCCUGGCUUAUGCUCAUAAAGAUCUACUGAGUCCUGACAUGUCCGGUGGAAGAGUGAAGACCUGGCCUUCUGUCUUCUCUCCACUCCCUCAGCAGAGCGCUGCUACACUGAGUCAAACAAACCCACUGGUCAUGGCCAAGCAGCACUGCCACUCUGACAGCCUGUUUCCGCUGGGCUCUACAUCCUCCUACUUUAACCACACUGCUCACAGCACUGAAGAAGCUCACAGGCAUUCAGAGUUUUACACAACUAACAACCAUCCUCAGAAGCUCCAGGCCCGCAGUGACCUCAACAUCUCCAACAUUGGCUACAGUGAAACACCCACUAGUCUGCAGUUGCCCCCCAUGCAGCCCACCAGCUACGUUGAAGUUCAGGAGGUCAACAGAGAUAAUAUGGUGCUUCUUCAGCCUGCAGUUUCCAAAGGUUGCUGUGGUGACGGUCGCAUCGACAACAGGGAGGACUACAGCAAGGUGAAGGGGAUGAGCAGUGACAAGGUGCUGCUGCUGCAGAGAGAUGUGGUCAGUCAUGAGAUGGACUUAAGCAAGGAGCAGAAAAUCAAUGGUGCGUUGGAGGCCGACAGCUCAUCACCCCAGGUGUCCACAGUCUCUCCAGCACAGAAUAAAAUGUCCCCAACAGUGGAUGGUUAUGUCGACACUGCCGUCAUGUUCACCCUGCCGACUCACUAGCUCAGUUUCCCAACCAUUUUUGUGCCACGGCACAUAUACUGUAUAUCAUCAGGAAAAAACCCCUCAGCAGACAACCAAACAAAAAUCUCACAAAAACUAUAUGUAAUGAAAUAUAAUAAUAUUCUCGUUUAAAUUGACUAAAUAUGUACUCUUAUUUAGUUGAAGACAAUGCUGAUAUACUGGCAGGAAUUGAAGAAAGGCACUCGAAAAAAUCUUCAACAGCUCUGAUUAUUUUUCUUUUAGUUUUCAAAGCCAUCUGCUGCCACCUAGUGAAGAGUAUGUAAUUCUGCCUGUCACAUAUAGACGAACAAAGAAAAAUGAUUUGCAAUAAAUAAUUAUUUACAAUAAAUAAACAAUAUAUUUAUUGUAUUAUUUAUUAUAACAUUUAAUACACAUUUAUUAUAUUAUUUUUAUAAUAAAUAAAAAAAAACCGUUUGUGGACCAAUUAAUUGAUAUUUGAUAUUUUUUUACGACACACCUAAUGAUCCUCUAUGGCACACUAGUGUGCCACGGCACGGUGGUUGGGAAUCACUGCACUAGCUUCAUCAGAUGACGAUGAGGGAGGUUUAGGAUUUUGAUAAAGUUGUUGUAGUUUGGACUGAUACCAACAACAGAAAUCAAACAAAAACACUGGAAGACCCCGGAAAGAACUGUUGGAGAGAAUUUAAUAUAUUGACCCAAUUAAAUCAACAAUUCAGGAUUGAACAGAUAGUUAUAUUGUACUACAUUCUUCUUAGUAGAGUGGGCUCAGCCACAUGGGUACACAGAGGACGUGGGGAUUGAACACAGUCAGUUACCUCGAGACCUUUACCCACAUUCAGCACGGGUCGCACACACAAAUGCCGGCCAUGUACACUUCAUAUCCUACAGUUACAACUUAAGUGUGAUGUCACUUUGUGUAUUCUGAAAUGUAGUUGUUGUUGUUAAAAUUGUUUCUCAUGAAAUCAUGGCUGUCUUUUUUUUUUUCAUUUUUCAACCUUACCUCUCUCCUGUCUCCUAACACUUACGCUGCUAACUUGAUUAAAAAAAAAAAACACUUUAUGAAGAGAGAAAAGACUUAAGACAGGUGUGGUGGUGGGGGUGGGGUGUCACACUGACAUUACAUUUUAUAGAUAAAUGUUAAAUCUGAAAACAACAUUUUUCUCAAUGAUUGCUUUAGGUUUGUUUUAUGGGGUAAACGUGUCACGAUAACUGCCUGACAUUGUACAACAUUAACCUUAAGUGACUUGUUUCUUCUCUUCUCUGGUCUUUAGCUAAAUGCUACAUUUAGCCAUUAUUUUUAUUAUUAUUUUCCACUAUUUUCCUCUUGGUUUUUUAUUCUUUGUUUGUUUGUUUUUGCCAAGAAAUCAAUAUAAACAUAAGAAACAAUUUUAUUGUUGUUAGACCUUUGUAAAAAAAAAAAAGUCUAUUUUAAGCUAAAUCUAUCAAAUCAGGGCAAACCAAAAACAAGCAAAGCAAAAUUUCAGGCAGAAUGAGUUAAGUUAUUAAUGAAUGGCGUUUUUAUUAUUAAUGUCUCUUUUGAAAGACUUUGCUGAAACUUUGUAUUGUUUUGUGUCGGUAAAACAAAAUACACCAACAGUUUCUGUAAUUCUCUUGUAAUCAGUUGUCUGACCCUUCAAAGUUGUUUUAAUUUGUUGAUGUUAAUUCAAAUGAUGAAAAUAAGACUAAGAAUACAAAUAAAAAAAUGUUUUCUUUCA